GAAAUAUCGUAAAAUCAGAAACAGCCUUCCCUUCCCAAUAAACAAGAAAUUUCCAAAAGAAAUAAAUACAAAAUACGAAAAAUAUAAUUUGUGGCGUGCAUUGCAUCACAGCUCAAAGUCGUUAUCGAAAAGAUCUUACAUUCAAUUCAUUCCUCAACACACACAUUUCAGCACCCGGAUUUCUUAAAUAUAGAGUCGAUUCACCAAUAAAAUAGUUGUGGGUGUAGCAAGGAUUUACAAAUGGCGGCGGUGGCAUCAUCAUCACCAAUGGGCUUCAGCAAAAUUUCUGAGCUAAGUGGGAGCAAACCGCAAUGUAACCGCACCAUUGGUUUCGCAAAAUCGGAGCUCUUUGGCGGUGCAGUGCGCGUGAGUGCUAGUGGCAGAGGCAAUGUCAGGGCUAGAUUUCCCGCUUCCCGUGUUGUUUCUCCCAAAGCUGUUUCCGAUACCAGCUCCUCUCUCACUUGCCUUGACCCUGAUGCCAGCACUAGUGUGCUAGGCAUCAUUCUUGGAGGUGGAGCUGGGACGCGGCUUUAUCCUCUUACGAAAAAGAGAGCAAAACCUGCUGUCCCGUUGGGUGCAAAUUAUCGGUUGAUUGACAUCCCUGUUAGUAAUUGUUUGAACAGCAAUGUAUCAAAGAUAUAUGUCCUUACUCAAUUUAAUUCUGCAUCUCUUAAUCGCCACUUAUCACGGGCCUAUGCAAGUAAUAUGGGAGGCUAUAAGAAUGAAGGUUUUGUAGAAGUUCUUGCUGCUCAGCAAAGCCCAGAAAAUCCAAACUGGUUCCAGGGAACAGCUGAUGCUGUGAGGCAGUAUUUAUGGCUAUUUGAAGAGCAUGAUGUUCUUGAAUAUCUGGUUCUUGCUGGAGAUCAUUUGUAUCGGAUGGAUUAUGAGAAAUUCGUCCAAGCACACAGAGAAACUGAUGCUGAUAUAACAGUGGCGGCUCUGCCAAUGGAUGAAAAACGUGCUACUGCCUUUGGUCUAAUGAAGAUUGAUGAGGAGGGAAAGAUAGUAGAAUUUUCAGAGAAGCCAAAGGGAGAAGCACUAAAAGCAAUGAGGGUGGACACCACAAUUUUAGGUCUAGACGACGAGAGAGCAAAGGAAAUGCCGUACAUUGCAAGUAUGGGUAUCUAUGUUUUCAGUAAGGAUGCGAUGUUAAAUUUACUGCGAGACACGUUCCCUGGAGCCAAUGAUUUUGGAAGUGAAGUUAUUCCAGGGGCUACUUCAGUUGGUAUGAGGGUCCAGGCCUAUCUAUAUGAUGGUUACUGGGAAGACAUUGGUACGAUUGAGGCAUUCUACAACGCCAAUUUAGGGAUCACCAAAAAACCUGUCCCAGAUUUCAGCUUCUAUGAUCGCUCCGCUCCCAUCUAUACACAGCCACGUUACUUACCUCCUUCGAAAAUGCUCAAUGCUGAUGUUACUGACAGUGUCAUUGGUGAGGGUUGCGUCAUAAAGAACUGUAAGAUUCACCAUUCUGUAAUCGGACUGCGAUCAUGCAUAUCGGAGGGUGCAAUCAUAGAGGACACCCUGCUCAUGGGAGCUGACUAUUAUGAGACUGAUGCAGACAGAAGACUCCUAGCAGCGAAAGGCGGCAUCCCAAUUGGCAUCGGAAAGAAUUCACACAUUAAGCGGGCGAUAAUCGACAAAAAUGCACGUGUUGGAGAAGAUGUAAAGAUCAUAAACAGUGAGAAUGUGCAAGAGGCAGCGAGAGAGACGGAUGGGUACUUCAUCAAGAGCGGCAUCGUCACUGUCAUCAAGGACGCCUUGAUUCCCAGCGGAACUGUUAUUUGAAACACAGAUACCAUCCAAUAAAAUAGAGUUGGAUUAAUUAUUACAUCAACACAAUCAUAAAUGUUUUUAUGAUUUCUCCUUGUAAAUCUGAACCACCUCAUUCAACAUCUUCUCCUUUCUUGCCA